CUGGUUUAUGGCUGAGGAAUUCAUAGAGAUAACCACUUAGGGGAUCUUUAAGUAGAGUUCUCCUGAACUGGUAAAACAAUAUAGCCUACAGGCCAGGCCAACUCCUGGGUGAUCUGCAUCAGCCCCAGAAAUGUUCUCUCUACCUGUAAGCUGUGACCCACAUUCCAUAGCAUAAGUCUUGGGUCUCAGAAAAGCUGAGUCCUGUAGCCAUCAACUGGCAUUAAGAUUUUCCUCCAAGUAUUCCUGGAGACUCGGAGCAAGAUGUUUCAGGGUCCUAACAAAUCUUUUCUCUCACCCUAGCAGCGUUUGGCAGAAUGGGUGAGGGUGGCAGGUGGCGGGAAACAUGGGUUUUGCCUCUCCCAUAGGGACAAAUUUUGUUGCUGAUUCAAGCAAAGUAGUGGAAGCUUCUGAAGUCAUCCAGGAAGUUGCUGGGGCAGAACACUGAGGAGUUGUGUACCACUUUGUCUUCCCUGUUGAGCACCCUCUGAGCUGUCAAACUUUGCUGCCAAGGGGGUUGAAUCCACCUGCAGCACGAAGUGAGUGUGGAGGUAGGAGGCUUCUGUGAGACAGACUUGCAGCGCCUGUUCCUAAGGUUUCCAGGACUGAAGAGACUUCAUAAUUGGUUGAGAACAGACAGACUUUUGGGCCAAUCAGACUCAGAGCUGAGGUGGGGGAUCUGCUCUUCCUGCCUGCCUCUCCUCCCCCAGCUCCCCAGCUCCGGCUCAGAUUCAGUUCCCCACCACCACCACCCACCCCCGCCAUUCAGUGACUGAGAAGAACUGCUGCAGGCAGGCAAACCUGGAAGCAGUUUUUAAGAGGCUGAAAGGAGACAUAAGAGAUUUCAGCUGCUGCAUUCCGAGACCUGGAUCUACCUUGGAGAUAGGACAGCACCGUCCAGGAAGGGACCUCUGGGUCAUGGGGCCCAAGACACCCCCACAGCUCGCUGGGAAAUGGCAAGUGCUGUGCAUGUUGUCCUUGUGCUGCUGGGGCUGGGUGUCCGGGCAGCUUCGCUACUCAGUGGUGGAGGAGUCUGAGCCGGGGACGCUGGUGGGGAAUGUUGCUCAGGAUCUGGGCUUAAAGGUGACCGAUCUGUUGAGCCGCCGACUGCGGUUGGGCUCUGAGGAGAACGGGCGCUAUUUUUCCCUGAGCUUGGCGAGUGGUGCUCUGUCAGUGAAUCGAAAGAUUGACCGUGAAAGCCUGUGUGGAGCCAGCACCGGUUGCCUGCUGCCAGUGCAGGUGGUGAUUGAACACCCCCUGGAGCUAAUCCGUGUGGAGGUAGAGAUCCUGGAUCUCAACGACAACUCUCCUAGCUUUGCCACCCCUGAGCGAGAGAUGCGCAUCUCAGAAUCAGCUGCACUUGGGGCACGAUUCCCACUGGAUAGCGCCCAGGAUCCAGAUGUGGGUACCAAUACUGUGAGCUUCUACACCCUAAGCCCCAGCAGCCACUUCUCUCUGAAUGUGAAAACCCUGAAAGAUGGGAAGCCAUUCCCAGAGCUGGUGUUAGAGCAGCAGCUGGACCGGGAAGCCCAGGCAAGAUACCAGCUGGUGCUCACUGCUGUGGAUGGGGGCACCCCACCCCGGUCAGGGACCACCCUUAUCUCUGUCAUCGUGCUGGACAUCAAUGACAAUGCUCCAACCUUCCAGUCCUCAGUUCUGCGUGUGGGACUCCCUGAGAAUGCACCCAUGGGUACACUGCUGCUCCACCUCAAUGCCACUGAUCCAGAUGAGGGCACCAAUGGCCAGUUAGACUAUUCUUUUGGGGACCACACAUCUGAGGCAGUGCGAAAUCUCUUUGGCCUAGACUCUAGUACUGGGGCAAUCCAUGUGUUGGGUCCUGUAGACUUUGAGGAGUCAAGUUUCUAUGAAAUUCAUGCGAGAGCCCGUGACCAGGGACAGCCUUCCAUGGAGGGCCACUGUGUAAUUCAAGUGGAUGUGGGAGAUGCCAAUGACAAUGCCCCAGAAGUGCUACUGGCCUCUUUGGUCAACCCUGUGCCGGAGAGCACUCCAGUGGGUACAGUAGUAGGGUUGUUUAAUGUACGAGACCGAGACUCAGGUAAAAAUGGUGAAGUGAGUCUUGAUAUCUCUCCGGACCUGCCAUUUCAGAUUAAGUCUUCGGAGAACCACUACUCACUGCUGACCAGUCAGCCAUUGGACCGAGAGGCCACUUCACACUAUAUCGUUGAGCUGCUGGCCAGCGAUGCUGGCUCACCGCCCCUGCACACACAUCUCACUAUCCGGCUCAACAUUUCAGACGUUAAUGACAAUGCACCUCACUUCACCCAGCAGCUCUACACUGCUUACAUCCCAGAAAACCGGCCCCCAGGCUCCCUUCUCUGCACUGUGGUUGCCUCGGAUCCAGACACUGGGGAUAAUGCCCGCCUCACCUACUCCAUUGUAGGGAGCCAAAUUCAGGGAGCCCCAGCCUCCUCCUUUGUGUAUGUCAACCCUCAGGAUGGGCGAGUCUUUGCCCAGCGUACUUUUGACUAUGAACUGCUGCAGAUGCUACAGAUCGUGGUGGAGGUUCGGGACUCUGGCUCUCCUCCAUUGCAUGCCAACACAUCUCUGCAUGUGUUUGUCCUGGACCAGAAUGAUAAUGCCCCAGCAGUGCUGCACCCACAGCCAGGUCGAGAACGCUCAGCCCCCCAGCGUCUCCCUCGCUCGGCUCCCCCUGGCUCCUUUGUCACCAAGGUGACAGCUGUGGAUGCUGAUGCAGGCCACAAUGCAUGGCUGUCCUAUUCGCUACUGCCACAGUCCACAGCACCAGGACUGUUCCUCGUGUCUGCACACACUGGCGAGGUGCGCACAGCCCGGGCCUUAUUGGAGGAUGACUCUGACACUCAGUGGGUGAUGGUCUUGGUGAGGGACAAUGGUGACCCUUCACUCUCCUCUACAGCUACAGUGCUGCUGGCUCUAGAGGAUGACGACCUGGAGGAAAUGCCCAAAUCCAAUGACUUCCUCACACACCCUCCUGAGCGCUCAGACCUUACCCUGUACCUCAUUGUGGCACUCGUGGCCGUUGGUCUCUUAUCCUUAGUCACUUUCACCUUUCUGUCAGCUAGGUGCCUUCGAGGGCAUGCAGAUGGGGACGGGGGUGGGGGCCAGUGCUGCAGGCACCAGGACUCUCCCUCCCCGGACUUCUACAAGCAGUCCAGCCCCAAUCUGCAGGUGAGCUCUGACGGCACGCUCAAGUACAUGGAGGUGACCCUGCGGCCUACAGACUCGCAGAGCCAUUGCUACAGGACGUGUUUUUCGCCAGCCUCCGACGGCAGUGACUUCACCUUUCUAAGGCCCCUAAGCGUCCAGCAGCCCUCAGCUCUGGCGCUGGAGCCUGACGCCUUCUGGUCCCGCUCCAGUACGCUGCGGGAGCGGAGCCAGCAAGCCCCACCCAACACGGACUGGCGUUUCUCUCAGGCCCAGAGACCUGGCACCAGCGGGUCACAAAAUGGCGAUGAAACUGGCACCUGGCCCAACAACCAGUUUGACACAGAGAUGCUGCAAGCCAUGAUCUUGGCUUCUGCCAGUGAAGCGGCUGAUGGGACCUCCACCUUGGGAGGCGGUGCUGGCACCAUGGGCUUGAGUGCCCGCUACGGGCCCCAGUUCACCCUGCAGCACGUGCCCGACUACCGCCAGAACGUCUACAUCCCUGGCAGCAAUGCCACACUGACCAACGCAGCUGGCAAGAGGGAUGGCAAGGCCCCAGCAGGAGGCAAUGGCAACAAGAAGAAGUCAGGCAAGAAGGAAAAGAAGUAAUGUGGAGGCCAGGCCUGGAGCCACAGGGCAAUCUCCCUCCCCUACCAGCCCAGCCCAGCCUCCCCCUACUUGUACCCAGGCUGCAGAAGUUCAGGGCUCACCCCCAGGAUGCUGGUAGGGGCUAAGGCCAUGCUCCCCUUGGGAAACAGAAACAAGUGCCCAGUCAGUCACCCCCCUUCUCUGCUCCCAGGGGGUUGAAUAUGCAAAGGGAGUUCUGCUGGGAACCCCCAUCCAAUCUCUCUCAAUGCUGUGCCCGGGGUAGGGGUGGGGUGAUGGGAUUAGCAUAGAUGCCAAGAACCAUUUAUCACACCCCCUUUAGUUACAGCUGAACUCCUCCAUCUCCCAGGUAUAAUCAGGCCCAUCCACCCCCUGCCUUCCUCUCACCCCACCCCACCUGACUCCUUCAAUAGCUCCUCUCUUGAGUAAGAUGGUUGGGGUGCUGAGGUUAAUAGGCGCCAGAGAAAGCUCACUGUUCUAAAGAGUUGGAAGGGCAUCAUGACCUCUUGGCCUCUCCUUCAAUUCUCACACUUCCUCCAAAGCAUGGUUUGGUGCCAGUCCCUUCACUUCCUUCUAGAGCCUGAGACCAUAAUCUAGUUUUGGGGGACACAAUCACCAUCCCCACGGUACUGAUGCAUGCUGGAUUUAAGGAGGGCAUUUUGCUACCAAGCCUCUUCCCAAUGCCCUGGGGACCAGUCUUCUGUUUUGUUUUUCAUUGUUUGACGUUCCGACUGCAUGCUGUGACUUCCCUACCCCCUCCCCAAACAAGAGACUCCAUUGCAUGUUCCAGAGCAGUAUGGGGUGGUAAGAAGAAGGGAAGGACGUGGAUGUGGAUGGGGGGGAGGGGCGGAUGGAUAACCCCUCAAUUAAUAGGUCUUGCAGGUGGCUCUAUGUCCCCAGGGCACUGACCAGAUCCCCAGAUUUCAGCCAUAAAUCAAGCACCAGGCUGGCCCCUCACCCCACAUUCAGGGUUCAGCUCCGGCAGCCAGCUUUAGACUAAACUACCAGGACCAAUGGGUUUAAAUUGGCAUUACAGUCCAAGGAAGCUCUCUGAGGGUGUGGGUGUGAGACUAGGUCCCCUGGAGAGGUCCAAGGGGCCUCUGUGGGUGCUGGGUACUCCAGAUGUGUCACUGGUGGAAAGGACCAAUGAGGCCCCAGCAGGGAGGGAGGGCCAGCUAGGCCAUUCUUGGUCCCUGGGUCGGGGAGGCAAGGAGCAAGAACAGGGGCCAAGUGGACCAAAAGUCUCAGCCCAGGAUCAGGACUUCACGGUACCCCUGCACUCCUCCAGCCUCAGUCCUUCACCUUGCCAGGUGCCAUUUCUUCUCUGUGAAGAUCAUUGCGCAGGCCUCCAGUCCGCCCCACAGUGGCCAGAGCCUGGUUAAAGUCCCCCAGUGCCUCCUAGUGCAUAGACCUUCCUCAGUCCACCCCCUUUCUGCCCCCCCCCCGCCCCCCCGGUCCCGUUCAUCCAGCGGGACUGCGAAAGAACCCCACUCCAACCCCUACCGUAGUGUAGAGCUCCCUCCCUCUUCGGGCUGGUGUAGAAUAGCCAAUAGUGUAGUGCAGUGUGCUUCUUAACGUGAUGGCGAGUGGGCAGCAGGCGGAGGGCUCUGCGCAGCUGUCCGUCCUUGAAUCUGCCCGCGGCAGCCCGUGCUGUGUUUUGUGCUGUGUCCACGCGCUGCGGCGACCCCUUCCCCUCUACUGACUCCUAUAAGCGCUUCUCUUCGCAUAGUCACGUAGCUCCCCAUUCCACCCCCUUCCUGUGUCUCACGCAAGUUUUAUACUCUAAUAUUUAUAUGGCUUUUUUUCUUUGAAAAAAAAUAAUAAAAUGGUUUCUUCUGAAA